GAAGAAGAAGACGAAGAAGAGACGUCAUCACCGAGCGACCAGAGUGUGCUGACAGGAGAAGGAGAAAUGGCUGCAAGGUUACUGCUGCGUUCAGCUUUAAGAGCCGGUUCCGUCUGUCGGGCUGCCCGGCAGGCUCCAGCCCGUUGCAUGUCGACCGGAGGGAUUCCCACUGAUGAGGAGCAGGCGACAGGACUGGAGAAGGUCAUCAUGAAGGCCAUGAGGGACGGAACGGAUCCCUACAACAUGAUGAAGCCAAAGGGCUACGCUGGUUCUAAGAUGGAUCCUCACCUGGUUCCCUCCAUCACCAACAAGAGGAUCGUGGGAUGCGUCUGUGAAGAAGACAACACGGCCGUGGUUUGGUUCUGGCUUCAUGAGGGUGAAGCUCAGCGCUGCCCGUCCUGUGGAGCCCACUACCAGCUGGUUCCUCACGAGCUGCCCCACUAACUGGCCCCUGGUCGCUCCCAAAUAUUCCACCAGCUCUGGAACAGGAAGAAGAACCGGACAGGACAGGACAGGACAGGAAGCUGCUUUAUCUGCUGGUGUGUUUGUUCUUGGUCCUGUUCAGUCUCAGUACUUGAUCUA